AUGAUUGUUGAUGUACUAUCUGAAAUAAAAGAAAUUAAGUUACAACUAAAAAAUGAUCAGCAAAUAAAUCUCCAAAACGAAGAACAAAUUUCAAUAUUUAUCAACAAUGAGCUAAAUUUUCCACUUCAGACAGAAGAAGAUCUUCAGAUAGCGGAGCGUCUUCUAGAAGAUGAAGCUGAAACUACUAAAGAGACAAAUGAGUUACAAGGAUUAGGAGGCAACAAUGGUUAUGAAUUUAUUAGAAGAGUUUUAACCAUGAUAUUAACAAAUAAACUUGCUAAUGAUUAUAGUUUCUUUGGAAGAAAGAAAAAGAAAUCAUUCUGUGAUCUAAAUAUAUGCAAAGUCGUAAUAAAUGCGGCCAAAAAGGGAAAAUAUUGUAACGAUACGAAAGAAGUUGAGAAAAAUAUUGCAGGAUGGCUGCGUAGAGCUGCAGAAAGAGGGAAAAUAAGAAUGUAA